AUGUCCUCAUCGACUGUUAGCUCAACUGCUGCACCCUUAAUACCAAUAAUGAACUGUCUCGUCAUGCUUGAUUUCAACUACGAUGAUGGUGGUGAGAUGUAUAAGACCGAACAAACCUUUGUGAAGACAUUCACUGACCAGUUGUUUGAAAGUACUGUUGUUGAUUGGUACGGAUUACCGAAACAGUUCGGACGUAAAACUGGUGCACCGUUUGACGGAGACGAGAUUACCACUGUUAAGAAGGCAGAUUUUGACAAAGACUUACAAGGGUUAUAUCCUGAACAAGACUUGGGAAAUGAUUUCAAUGCCAAUGAUUUGAUAAAUGAUCUGAAUGGCGUCACGUUCCCCGGUGGAAACACAUGUAUCAUACUGUUUUAUGGAAGUAUUGAUUCGCUGAACAAGCUCACCAACAGAAACAUAGGUCUAUGGAUUGGAGUUCAGAUCAAUAAUGCUGUAUUGAGCGGCAUCGGAAUCGACAAAAAAAAUAUAAUGACUGUUAAAGACUUCUCUCAAGCGGAAGCUGACCAAUUGGUUCAACUUAUAGUAUCAAGCUCUUUGGUAACUGGCACAACAGCAAGUACAACUGUCAGUACUACUGCUGGAUCAACAGUCAGCACUACUGCUGGUUCAACGGUCAGCACUACCCCCGGAUCUACAAUCAGCACUACCCCUGGAUCCACAAUCAGCACUACUGCUGGAUCAACUGUCAGCACUACUGCUGGUUCAACUGUCAGCACUACUCCUGGAUCUACAAUCAGCACUACCCCUGGAUCCACAGUCAGCACCACUGCUGGAACCACAAUCAGCACUACUGCUGGUUCAACGGUCAGCACUACCCCUGGAUCUACAAUCAGCACUACCCCUGGAACAACAGUCAGCACCACUGCUGGAUCAACUGUAAGCACCACUGCUGGAUCAACUGUAAGCACCACUGCUGGAUCAACUGUCAGUACUACUGUUGGAUCAACUGUCAGCACUACCCCUGGAUCCACAAUCAGCACCACUGCUGGAUCAACUGUCAGCACUACCGCCGGAUCAACUGUAAGCACUACUGCUGGAUCAACUAUCAGCACUACCGCCGGAUCAACUGUAAGCACUACUGCUGGAUCAACUGUCAGCACUACUGCUGGAUCAACUGUCAGCACUACCGCAGGAUCAACUGUAAGCACCACUGCUGGAUCAACUGUCAGCACUACCCCUGGAACAACGGUCAGCACUACUCCUGGAUCAACUGUCAGUACUACUGCUGGAUCAACCGUGAGCUCCACGGUAUCUUCAAGUACUACUAUCGCUACAACAGCGAGCACAACAGCUGCACCUCUCCUAAAGAAAAUGAACUGUCUCGUCAUGCUUGAUUUCAACUACGAUGAUGGUGAUGAUAAGUACUCGACCGAACAAACCUUUGUGAAGACAUUCACUGACCAGUUGUUUGAAAGUACUGUUGUUGAUUGGUACGGAUUCCCGAAACAGUUCGGACGUGAUACUGGUGGACCGUUUGACGGAGACGGGAUUACCACUGUUAAGCAAACAGAUUUUGACACUGACUUACAACAGUUAUAUCCUCAAAUAGGCAACGGAAAUAAUUACGAUCCAAAUGAGUUGAUAGAUGAUUUGAAUGGCGUCACGUUCCUCGACGGAACAGAUAACACAUGUCUCAUCCUGUUCUAUGGAAGUGAUGAUACUCUAAACACAAUCAGCAACCAACACUUUGGUAAAAUAUUUGGAGUUCAGAUCAAUAAAGCUAAAUUGAGCGGCACCGGAAUCGACGAUAAAAAUAUAAUGACUGUUAAAGACUUCUCUCAAGCGGAAGCUGACCAAUUGGUUCAACUCAUAACAUCUGGAAUGUAA